CUUUGGUUUUUGUUUUUAUUGCCAUCCAAGGAAUGGCAGCGCUUCUAAGUUCGUGUGGGCUUCGACUUGGCAGAGCAGCCCUUCGAGUCACUCCAAGAAGUAGCACGCGGUCACCUUCUCCUUCAAGAACCUGUGCAGUCUCACGUACACCUUUUCCUCGUUCGUCCUCUUUAGAUGAAGGUCUUUUGUUCAAUAACAACUGCCAUGAGGUUAGCUCCGAAAAAUCAGUAAUAUCCACUUCGAAGAGCAGUAGCUUUUCUAGCGGCCACGUAUUCACACGUUCGCAUAGUUUUGAAGAUGGACUCCAGUUGAAACAGGAAUCUGUCUUGCAAAGAAGUGACAAGGCUUCCUCAUUGGAACGUAUAAAGUCAAACUGUACAGAAGUUAAGAGUGAAGAAAGAUUUACAAGUUCUGCAGCGCAACUUCCUCCAAGGAAAUUGUCUUAUGACGAAACCUUGCGUUCAAACUUGAACACCGAAAUACAAAACGACUGGAAACAGGAAUUAGCUUCUUUAGUUGCAAAAGGAGAGAUGAUUCCAGAUACUUAUGUUUUCUCUUUAGUGCGUGAAAAGCUAGUAUCUCCUCAGGUUCUAGAAAAGAACGGCUGGCUACUUGACGGUUUUCCAAGAACAGUUGCUCAGGCGGACGCUAUGCUGUCGGAAGCGUCUAAGAAUGUAAACGCACUAAAACCAACGGCAAUGAUUGUUUUGGAAGUCUCUGAUGAAGAACUCUUAGAUAGGAUGAUCUUCCGUCGCAUCGAUCCAGUUACAGGAAGAAUUUACAAUUUGAAGACAAGACCUCCUAAAGAAGUUGAUAUUUUGAAUCGUCUUAUUACACGAGAGGAUGACCGAGAAGAGGUUGUAAGACGUAGAAUUGCUCUUUAUAAGAGAACAGCCGCACAAAUUGAAAAUAUUUUUGUCUCGUUUGAUAUUCCAGUAAUACAUAUAGAUGGGAGUGCCGUGAGGAAUUGUGAAGGUGUUUUCUGUGAGAUUCAAACAGUUCUAGAAAGUCUGCUUUCGACUCCAUUAUCGAGAGAAUCUCUGCGUCUUGUAUUAUCAGGACCCCCUGGCUGUGGUAAAGGUACCCAGGCAGAACUGCUUUCAAAAGCUUAUGAUCUGUUUCAUUUGAGUACAGGAAACAUCUUGCGUGAAAUGCUAAAUGGAAAGGCCGUUCAUGAAUCGCAAUCGACGGAUUUGCGUUCCGUUGGUAUUGUUUUUGGACGUGAAGAGACACAGCUUUCUCGAAUUUUGCCUGCCAGGAAGGAAUCUUGUCAGCGCGAUACCUCUUUUGUUGUUUCAACCUUACCGGCAGCUUCCGCUUCUAAAAUGAUGUCUUCCAGAGUUGGUUAGUUUUAUAUGUAUAAAAUUUUUAUGAUUCGAAUCCUCCUCGAAUUGCGAACCAUAUUUGUUUGAGAUAUUCCUAUUAACUUUUUUUUCUGUUUGACGAAAGUUUUUUUGACUUGCAAAGAUUUUCAUUUCGUGAGCAGUUGUCCAUCAUGACGGCAUCAAAAAACAAAACACAAUGAUUCCAAAAUCAUUGUUAUGACAAGUUAACCUUGCCUUUUGAUUAGAGCAUUUUAAUCAUAUCUCAUUCUUUAUCUGCAUUGCUCAUAAAACAAGUGAUAAUGAGGAAGUAAUCAUUCAAGUUGUUUCUCUUGCAUUUUUGGAUAUAAAUUGCUAUUGAACGCUAUAAGAGUGGUAAAUAAAUAAUACUUCCGAAUAAAAACAAGAACAGAGUAAGUUGUAUUUCAGUCAUAGUUCAACAUCGAAAUGAAAUGUCCCGUUAGGUC